CACAUGACUGUGACGUCAGUCCCUGCUUCUGUCUAGCGACGCUGGCUGAUAAACUCUGGAGUCCGGAGCUAAACUAACAUCGCAGUUGUUGUGUCGCUAAUGUUAGCUUAGCCAGCUAGCACAACAUCCCCUCACCGAGCUAAGCUGAAGCUAUCGUUUCCCGAGCAGCGAAGAGACAGAGGCAGCAGCAGCAGCGGCGGCAGGGAAACCCAGAGAAACCCGGAGGAAAACCAUGAAGCAGACCGGUGUCAAGUCGGGAAUCGUGGGGCUGACGUUACAGCUGCUGUUGGCUGCUGUUCUGCACCAGAGUUUUGCGACUGACGCCCCGCCCACGGUUGCCCCGACCAGCCCGGCACCGCACAAAGUACCCAGCAACCCCGACAAAGGACACUACGUGGUCAACGGCACCAACGGCACGGCCUGUUUGCUGGCUUCAAUUGGCAUCCAGCUCAACAUCACCUUCAUGUCUUUGUCCAAGAAUAAGACUGUGCAGGAGAUCGUGAACCUGCAGUCCAAUACGACAAAGAGCGCUGGGUCGUGUGACACGGACAGCGCCUCCCUGCAGCUCACAUCGGAAACGCAGAAAAUCGACCUCAAUUUUACCUUCACCCUGAACACGACGUCCAGCAAGUACCAUCUGAGUGAAGUGUCUCUGACAGCCGCGUGGACAGACAUGAAAAUCGGUUCCGUCUCGUUCCGUAACAACACUCUGGACUACCUGAGAGGAACCCUGGGAUUCUCGUACAUGUGCCGAGAGAAACAGACGCUGAGCGUGGCCCAGAAUCUGUCCAUCAACAUCUUCCAGGUGCAGGUGCAGCCCUUCGGUGUGGUGGGAACUCAGUUUGGAGCAGCUGAGGAAUGCCAGCUGGACGAAGACGACAUGUUGAUCCCCAUCAUAGUCGGAGCAGCUUUAGCGGGUCUGGUCCUGAUCGUGCUCUUGGCCUACCUCAUCGGCAGGAAGAGGAGCCACGCGGGCUACCAAAGUAUCUGAGGCGGCUCGCCUUCCCGUAACUCCCACCCAUGAUUAUUAAUAACCACUGUUUAAUGAGACUAAACACUCCCACCCUGUGUUCCCUCCCUCUGCUCCUCCCUCCAUUCUUCAUUGCUCAUCAGUAACACUAGUUAUUAUCACUUUGUGAGAUUGAUUAUCGCGCUUUCUGAACUGACCCACUCAUAAACAGCGGGGGAGGGAGGAGGGUUUGUGUUUUAGAGAUUGACAGAAAAUCUCUUUAUUUUUGGUGCCACAUAAAGCAGAGGAUGUUGAUCAGAGGGUCCAGAAAAAAAGAAGUCAUAUUUGUGCUAUUUAUAAUUUCUGUGAAAAGGGAUUGUGGGAGUUUCUUAGUUUGUUUUGGGGGGCGACUUCAAGUCGGGGCUGAACGAUUUUGGGUCAACUAUCCGACAGAAAUUGCAAAUUAUGUCAUUUACACGACGGAGCAUUAACACAAGACGUCAUUAACAAACUUAGAGAGAGAGUAAUUGAUACCAAAAUCAAUUUAAACUGACCUAGAACAAAUAAAGCAGCAGCUUUUGUGACUUGCUGAUUUCAUUCCUUUUUUUAAAAAAAAUAAUAAUUGUGAUUUCUAUUUGAAAACGUUGAAAAUCUUUUCAGCCCCACUUGAAGUCGUCGCACCUGAAGGUUUUCUUAUUAUAAAGGGAAUUUCUCUGGGCUGUUGGAAAAAACCUGGUGUACAGAUCUGACAUUUUUAAGAAAAAAACGUAACUGCUUAUAGGGAACACACUAAAGACGCAGUGAACUAACCGUAAGAAGGAAGUAUGAGGAGAUUUUUGUCCACAGAGAUCAGUCAGUCUUGGAAUGUACGUCGGGCCUUUUUGUUUGAAGGUUUCAGACAUUUUAAGCUUCUUUCUUUCACCAUUUCCCAUUAAAGAUGAGUCGUAUGGUACUUCUUUUUUUUUUUUAUUGCUUUGUUGCCAAGAUUUCUAUAAACAGGUCAGCGUAAUUCUAAAAUAUCAUGUUACUGUGAGGUUAGUUUGCCUUACUACAGCCUCUAAAGUUCAUGUGCGUUUGCUUUGUACUGAAGCUGAAGAGUAAAAAUGGACAAAUUGCUGUCAGUUGAGGUUGAUUCUUUAGUUGGAAACUGAAGCUUCAGUGGGAGACUCUUUUACAAAACUACAUUUAAACACAUUUCUUAUGUACAGUAAGGCACAGUGGUCAAGUGGAUUCAACACGUUUUCUCUUUUAUUGAGCUUUAGAGGUGCUGGUAUGUGGAUAUUCCAUGCUCAGAUGAACUUAAAUGUCCUUAUUUACUGCACAUGCAUGGUUGGAUAUGAUUUUUUUUGAGUAUUUUUUUCCCCUUAUUUUACUCAGCACAAAAAGUCCCCCCCCCCUCAAAGUGACAACAGUCUCCAAUUUGCAUUCUACUGUUACAUGAAUGUCAGCUUCAACAAUCUGUAAAAGUACUGUUGGCUUGGUGCAUGAAAAAGCUCAGGACAUUGGCGUAAGAACGUAACGUUGCUUUUCUUAAUCCACUCUGGUGUUGUCUAUUAUCAUCAUUAUUAUUAUUAUUAUUAUUAUUAUUAUUAUUUGUUGUUUUUUGUUUUUCUUGGGAUUUUGGUUGCUGCAGGGACAGGAAUUGCACUAAAGUCCCGAGAAGGAAAAUAAGCCCCAUGUAAAGGUUAAAAUGGCCAAAAAGCUGUGGUCAGUGUUUAUCAGUGCCUUCCUAGCUGUGACCUGGAUGUGAUUUCGACUGAAGCCAACACUCACAGAGGUACUCGCGCUCUCAUUGACACCAACUGCUGCCAUUUGGGAUGUUUCAUUUUAUAUUUCUUUUGUCCCCCUCAUAGCUCUGUACUGUCACAUCCAGUAAUAUGCAUUGUUCGAUGUCAUGUUUUUUUUCUUCCUCCUCAUCUAAAUAUCUGUGUAGUGACAUUAAAAAGGUUUCUGUGGAUUCGUUUGAACUGUUUUCUAAAGGAAAAGUCAAUAAAAGUGAACAAACAUGA